GGGACAGAAACAGAAAACGGCGGGUUUGUUUGAAAUGAGGAAAGCGUUUCUGUAGUUAUUGACAACGGUGUUAUUCCCUGAGAAAGUUGUAACAAAAGCUACAAAGGGUACUUUUGGCGGAUAGUGGCUAGUUAAAAUUUUCAAUUGAAGCAUGCCGUGAAGUUGUUCGGGGCACUGACUUUACGCCGGAAGGCUGUCAACAACAGUCAAAAGACUGAAAAUCUGAAUGUUUGUUAAGUGGCUAACGUUAGCUACAUUAGCACUAUAACGUUAUUGCAUUAUAAAGCGUGUCACGGCGUUGGCAUCUGCAUGGUUAGCAAGUUAUCGAAACAGUCCCAAAAUGUCCGACACUCGCAUCCAGGUUUUGGAGGAGCAAGUGAAGAGUUUAUCAGAUGAGUUAAUGCAGUGUCAGGCAGACAAGGAGUUUGUGUGGUCCCUAUGGAAACGACUGCAAGUGGCAAAUCCAGACCUGACCCAGGCUGUCAGUUUGGUGGUUGAGCGUGAGAAGCACAAAGCUGAGAUGAAGGACAGGAAGGUGUUGGAGAUCCUCCAGUCCAAAGACUACAUGAUACAGGAGCUGGAGCAGAAAGUGACAGGGCAGCAGCAGGAGAUUAACAGCCUGGUACAGCAGAGGACGACAGUGGACAAGGAGAGUGCCUUAAUGAAGAAGGAACUGACAGCUCUGCGUGAACAACUGGUCAAUAAGAGUCAAGAACUUAAGACGGAGUGUAGGAGGAAAGAGGAGGAGGAUCGGCAGGUGGUGCGGGCUCUAGAGGAGGAGAAAGAGGGAUUAACUUCCCGCUGCGCCGCCCUGCGAGCUGACCUGGAGGAGAAAGAGAGGCAGGCCAACGACCAGCAAGACCAGAGGGAUGCUGCCCAGGCCAGAGUCAAGGAUUUGGAGGAGGAGCUACACAGUGCCUGGAAAGAGUUGUCCAGUUUGCAGAGCCACAGUGGCAGUCUGGAAGCCCAACUUUCUUUGAAAGACAGGGAGGUAGCAGCAAAAGAGGCGCAACUGAGUCAACUUCGUCGUGACUAUGCAGAAGUGCAGACCCUGUACAGACAGAGUGCCGAACAUGCAGCAGAGCAGAACCAUCUGAUAAAGCAGCUGGAAGGACUGAACCUAGACACACAGAAAGUCCUGAGGAACCAAGAAGAAGCACAUACUGCUGACACCACUUCCUAUCAGAGGCUGUACAAGGAGUUGAGCCAGUGCUACCAGGCCCUUGUCUCUAGUGAGGCCAGCCUCCGCCAGAGUCACCAGGAGCUCAGCAGCCUGCUGGCUCAGAAAGACCAACACAGCCUGCAACUCCAGGCCCAGCUACAACAGCAGCAGGAGCAACUGCGACUGCAGCAACAGCAGCAACAACAGCAACAGGCUCACCACACGGCCCUUUUGCCCUCACCAAGCAGACAAACCAACUUUAAGGCAGUGGUGUCAGAGCAGGUCCAUGCUGCAACCCGGAGGUCUAGCCCUGGUCCUGACUUGGCCUCUACCCAAAUCUCGGGUCCUGGGCUUGGGGACAGGACCCUUCAACGCAGAUCCACCAGUUCCGUCAGAGGACAGCAGGGUGCACCUGUGCAGCGGUCCAGGUCUCUGUCCCCAGCCAGCAGUGUGGAAGUGGGUAGUGGGAGGGGAAGAAGAGCAGAACAGAGGAUUCAAGACCUUGAGGAGCUGUUGCAAUUGAAGAUGGAGGAGAAUGAGGAGCUGAGAAGAGCUCAUGAUAAACGCCGAGAGCGCCUGUGCCUGAUUCAGACCAACUACAAGACAGUCAGAGAACAGCUGAAAGAGAUGGAGAAAUCAAAUGGCUUGCCAGGUGGAAGGAUGCAGCGUGCAGAACCAUGGCAGCUAAGACAAGAGAACAGUGAUGCAGUGUGGAAUGAGCUGGCCUACUUGAAAAACCUCACCAGGAAGCUCUUGAUUGAAAAAGCGGGCCUGGAGGAGGAGCUGGACGUGCUGCGAGUCCAGACUGCCAUGGACCGGGCCACAGUGAAGGAGCUCCACCUGUGUCUUGCUAAUGAACACCAGGAAUUGCUUUGUAAAGUGGUAAAGGAGCGGCAGGUCAAAAGCAGCACUCCGAAAAAGCUUUCUGUUUCUUCAGAACGAAUGGAACAGUCAUUUAAAAAGAUUGAACAGCUGGAGUGGAGGAUGAGGUCCCUGGAGGAGGAGACAGUGAGGCUGAGGGACGAGAAAGAGCAGCUACUUCAGGCCAAGGAAGACUUGGCUAACAACUGUUGCAGACUCAAAGCCUCUUUGGAUCAUCUGCGAAGCCAGGAAACUCUCCAUGCAGAGGCAACCCAGGCCCAGGCCCUGGCCCAGGAGGAGCAGCAUCGCAGCAAGAUCAUGGCUAUAGAAGCCCAGCUGGCUGCCUCUCAGAAAGAGGUUACCAAGCUUCACCAUCAGUUGCUGAAGCUGAGACAGGAGCAAGGGAUCCUCAGAGCAGCCAGGGACUUCUAUAAGAACCGUGCAGUAGGACCUGCGAGGGCAGGUGGGGUUGCUCGAAAUAUUAACAGCAAGGUCAAAUUCAAAACAGCGAGACUCAGAGGUUCUCAAAGCCAGCGCAACCACCGAAGAGUCAGCCCCAAUCAAGCCAUCAUCUGGCAAGGCCGCAGCCCCAGUCCCACUAAGGACGAGUGGGAGGACAUGAGCCUAGAUAGUGACAGUGGUGAGGAGUAUUUGGACAGUCUCAACAGUGUGCCCUCAGGGACAACGCAGUACAGACAACGUCCUAAUAAAAAGUUCAGCAAGGUUUCACUCUUCUCAAGCGCAGAGGCACCUGCAACUAACAGAAAACAACCUGAUGUUCGGACCCAAGACGAUGAACAGCAUGAGCCCUGGGAACGAGGGACGAGAGGAGAGAAAAGGAGGUGGAGGAGGAAGAGGAUGCUAAUGAAAAGCCAGCGCUGCUCCUCCUCUUCUCUGCAGCAGCGCAUAGAGUCCCUGCAGCGUCACAUUGACAUACUGCAAAGUGCCAGGAAAGAUGCAAUGCUUUCAGCUGGAGAGCUGCGAAGGGCCAACGAGAUGAUCACGGCACAACUCAACUCCCUCACUGAGAAACUCCGCAGCAGUGAGCGGCUCGCACAGAAGCUGACCUCUGACCUAGCUGGUGUGGAGCAGCAAAAAAAGGUUCUGGAAAUGGAGCUGGAGCAGUGGAGGCAGAUCAAGUUUCCACAGCAAACUGCACCACCACCACCACCAGCACCACCAAUAGCACCAUUAAAUGCAGACUGCUCCUGCCAGGGCAGGACCAUGCCCACCACAGCCUAUCCUGCUCCUGAGGCCCUGGGGGCUGAGGUCAGGCAACUUCAAGCCAAACUUAAGAGUGCAAGUGCGGAGGUCACAAGGCAGGUGGCAGCUAACAAAGCCCUGCGAGGCCAGCUCCAGGAGAAGGAGGACAGGCUCCGUCAGCUGCAGGACAAGACAAGCCACGCGGAGCGGGAUGUGAGUAUGAAAAGGCAGCUGGUGGAGGACUUGAAGACUAGACUGAAGUUCCUGCAGGAGAUGGAGAAAAGUUACCAUGGGCAGGUGGAGGAGCUGGAGAAGAAGGUAAAGAGUUUAACAGAGGAGGCCACCAACAGGAAGGCCCUUGUUGAAUCUCUAAAGAGGAGACUAAAUGUUGCAACCACCGAGAAAAGCCAGUAUGAGGCCUCCUGUACAAAACUAAAAGAGGAUCUACAAAAAAAGGAGCAGCGCAUGCAUGCCUUGCAGGCUCGUGUGGGAGCCAGUGAGCAGGCUUUGGCUGCACUGGAACAGACGGCCACUGAGCAAAUGAAGGGAUUGACCCAGCAGAGCUCCAAUGCCUUGGACAGGCUUCAGAGGCAGCUAGGCCAGGCCUACUCUCAGCUGGAGCAGCUUCAUUCUUUCAUCAAGGCCCUGGCCAGUGAAAUACUUUUAGACGUUCAAGAGGUCAAGCAGCAGUUGAUGAAGAGGAGGAGGUUGAGGCAGGCCAGCACUGUGGCAGCAAGGGGCGCCCUCUCAGCCAAGUCUAUGAUCAAAGCCAAAUCCAUCGCUGCCUCCAUACUCAAUAUGUCAGAGAAUGAUCUCGCGGACAUAAUGGACACUGACCAGGGGACAGAGGCCUGUUCAGAGAGUCCAAGAGACCAGGAAUGGCUGGAGCACCUCAACCACAUCCUCCAGCAGAAGAUCCCCUCUGCCGGCCAGCUAAUGGAGGCUGUGCGCGUGAAGAUGAAGGAGAGGAAAGUGCUGACAGAAGAGCUGGCCACAUUCGCAACACCAGUCAGCGAAAAAGCCUGACUCCCUGGGCUGAGGCUGGGAAAACUGUCAUCCUCUUCUUUUUCUACCUCUCUCCUUCCCUCCCUCCUCAGUUCCUACUCGGUGGGAGCUGGGCUGAGCCAAGCUGAGUUGGGGCAGCAGAACCAAUAUUUGUGAGAAAAGCGCUGUCGACUCACUCUGGGCCACUGGCUCAACACAGCAGCACAGCUUUUGUAAAUGAGCCCUCGACAUCUGUGUUAGCGCUCAGUGCACUAUGUCUAUCAGACAGGGCCCUUUAGCGCCAAGCUAAUUUACAGUGCAGCCACUCUCGACGCGGACCUGGGGUGAUAAGGCAAAUGCUGAUGCUAAUGUUUAAAUUAGACUUUUUUUAAACUCUUUUUAAACUUUUUUUUUACAUCUCCGCCUAAUUUAUUUGGCAACCUCAAGGACCUUAGGGUGCAGGGACUUGACCUAGCAAUGCCAAGUCGACACUUUAAGAAAGUCAAGAGUGCAGCAUCGAGCAAAAUAUUCACUGUAAGAGAGUGGAUCCAUUUAUCAGACCUCAUACUACACUGCUUGUAGAAACCCUGUCCAGUGACUGAAGUCCACUGAGUUUUAAUCUUCAAGUAUGCUCUGAGUAUUUAUUUAUAAAGGAAGCCAUCUUUUUGUGAAUGUAUGUUAUAGUUUCUACCCUGCAUUUGUUUUGCUGUAAAUGUAGCAGAUAAUUAUGUUAAAUAUCAGUAAUUUUAUUCUAAAAACUUCUGAAUUUCAAAAUAAAAACCUUUUCAUGUGUUCUUGCCUAGAUUGUGUUCUUCAAAUGCUGCACUGCUUGCACAUUGUGAAUUUCACGUCUGGUCUCGAUGUCUAAACGGCCUUUUGUGUUUUGUUCAUUCCAGCAGUUCAAAGGGCUGUCAGUCAGUGGCGCAGUGGUGACUGAGGGUGCUCUGGCGGACAGCAGGGUUCUCACACCCCUCUCGUGAUUGACAGCCCACUGUUGGCAUGGUUCCCAUCUGUAACAAGUGACCCCUGCUGUUGGCAUCAUUAACAAGGGGCCACAUGGACACACAGCACAGGGGUGUAUUAGG